AUGACCCGAUCACAACGGCCCGAUGCUGUGCGACGGCCGAUACGGCGAAUAGCCGCAGCAGCCCUGCUCGCGCUGGCCUCGACAACCGCGGCGCACCAGUUCCCCUAUGUCCCGACGCAGAUCCUUACGCCGGCCUGCUUCAGCAAGUCAACCUGUCACGGCGCCGGCUUGACGUACAUGUUCAAACAAGCCGACGACGGCAGCGUCCAGUUUCUCUCCAUCGACUACAACAAUAAGCUCAACGCCGACCUCAACCCCAAGGUGCUAUCUAGCGAGCUGCCCUUCCUGACGGGCGACAGUGCCGACCCCGCGACGGCCUUUGGCGCCGUCCGUACCGCCAAUGGCUCCGUGCUAGUCUACACCGGCGUCUGUGGCGGCGAUGCCGGCGCCGUCUGGUCCUUUGAUGACAGCAAAGACAGCGGCACAACGAUGGGCAGCGGUUCCUGGACGAAGCGUGGCACUCGCAACACGGCCAAGGAUACAAGUCCCGGCGGCGCGCCAUUCUUCCUCGGCGGAACACUGGCAUUUUCCGCCAAACUCGCGCCCGUCAUGGACCAGCCCACGCUGUACAGUUACGGCGGCAUGUGCGAGACGCCGGGCACGGAUUCGAAGAGUUGGCAGGCCAACGCCAACUAUACCAAGAUGAUGAUGAGCCUGGCGCCAGACAGCAACGAUGCGCAGACGGGCUACGAUGCGUUCAUCGCAUCGACAGCCGGUCCGCGUUCGCCAUUCGCUGGAUUCACACUCACGCCGCAGCCGCCCUCGAUCACCAACAUCUCCGGCACCGUGACGCAAAAGAUGACGUACAUCCUGCUCGGCGGACACACGCAGCAGGCUUUUAUCAAUAUGAGCACAGCGGCGGUGUGGAGCCUGCCCGAGCAGGCGUGGUCGUACAUUGACAUCAAGCAGCCUGUGGGCAAGACGGCCAACACCGAGCUGAUCCGCAGCGGCAGCAAGAAUAGGAGGGACGACGAUGUACCCGAGGUCACGAGCCGAUCGGGCCAUACGGCGAUUCUCAGCCAGGACGGAAGCGAGGUGGUGGUGAUGGGCGGCUGGGUGGGCGAUGUGAGCACGCCGGCUGAGCCGCAGCUGGCGGUGCUCAAGAUGAGCCAAACGUACAACUCGUGGAUGUGGGCGGUGCCGGAUACUCAACCUGAAGGCGAUGCUAUAUACGGGCAUGGCGCUGCUCUGCUGCCCGGAAACAUUAUGAUGGUGUAUGGCGGAUGGACGAUCAACUCGAGUGACAGCUCGUCGGUGAGCAAGAGAGCGGCGCCCGAUACCGCCAGAUUCCUGAACCUGACCUCGAUGGAAUGGGCGCAAGAAUACAAGCGACCACCCCCGAGCCCGACUGAUCCCGAUGCACCUAGUAUCGGGUCGAGCGGCGAGGGAUCCAGCAGCCGCUCUAGGCGACUCGGUCUUGGUCUUGGCUUGGGCCUUGGCCUGGGUUUGCUGCUGAUCAUUGGCGCUAUUGCGCUCUUCUGCUGUCUCCGAAAGCGCAAGCAGCGCAAGGAACAUAGACGAGACGAAGCUGCGCAGGCCAUGGCCCGAGAUGCCGAGUUCUUCAACGACAGAGACGAUGUAAUGGAUCCGCCGGCCGGCUACGGCCAAUGGGGCUGGUUUGGCCAGCGCAGCGACAAUGGCAACAACAGCAACAGCCACAACAACCACCAGCAGACGUACGCUGAAAAAUCGCAAGGCGGCUACGAGAGCCUGGCCAUGAGCGGCGGCUCCGGUGAGCCAAGCGCUAUCCCGAGGAAACCCGUCAGCGGCCAGCUCCGUGGUGGCUAUGUGCCCUACCUGCCGUCGCCCGACGGGCGCAUGUCCAACUUUGCCUCGCCCCCUGGCCAGAUUCACCCGAUUCUGGAAGACGACGAAGACGAGUACCGUUACCACGAAAAGGAGCUUCUGACGCCAUCGUCAGAUGUGCACGCGGAUCCGUUCCAGAAUCCGCCGGGCAUGGGCCACUACGCUGCUGCAGCGGGUGUAGGCGCCGCAGCGGGAGCGGCAGCCAUGUAUGCCAUUCCGAGCCGUGGUACGCCCAGCCCCGAUCGACCGGAUCGCGACGUGCAGGAGUGGUCGUCGGAAGCGGACGGUGGUGCCGAGGCACUACUCACACGGCAUGCCCGCAAUCGCGCUGGCCGAAGCUCACCGACUCGUGGGGACUGGCACAAUCUGGCGGCCUAUCACGACGAUGAGUCCCGGAGCGGCUCCAACUUGUCCGAGUCGACACGCAGCGCCGCGGACAGCCUGCUUGCAGGCGCUGGUGUGUAUAAUAGGAAGACCGCCAGCUCCUCAUCGGGCAGCUACCGCACGGCCAAGUCUGGCUUUGGCACCCUCCAGGCCGAGGCACCGGCUCUGCUCCACGGCAGCGGUUACGACGACUACGACCACAUUCCCGUUCCUGGAUCGCCUUCCAAAAAUAAGCCUCGACGUACAUGGCUAGGGUCUCUACGCCGCGUCUUCUCCGGUUCUGACUCUACACAAUCGCCUGGAUCUUCGAUGCGCGACGAGAGUCCCCGUCGACCGUCCCUGGAGCGCGCGAGCGCCGACUACGAGGCACCGCUCGCCGGCGUCAGCGGCGAGAUCCUGCGUAGGAAGCAGGGCCGCGGCGGCUGGAACUUGAGCGACCCUCCUCUAUCGCAGGAUGACCGUGAUAGGGCGGAUUUAGCUGGCAGGAGGCGCGGUACGGGCGCUGCGACAGGUGAAGGGGAGACGGACUGGGACAUUGAGCGCGCCAUUGAGCAACGUCUCGUGCAGGUCAUGUUUACGGUGCCCAAGGAGCGCCUGCGCGUGGUGAAUGCCGCCGACAACGAUAACUACGACGACGACGACGCGCCGCCGCCGCCGGCAACGACCAAGGCCAAGCCCAGCGCGCUGGUGCUCGACCCGCCGCGCAUUCACGAGCCGCACACGGCCGAGGUGCUGGACUCUGUGAGCCAGCUCUCGAGCCUGUCGUCGAAUGAUCAGUCGCAGCACCAGUCCCAGCCGCAGCCGCAAACGGUGGUGCUGCCGCCCAAGCACGACGACGCGCACAUGAGCAGCCAGAUGUCGCCAUUCAUCACGCCGUCGCUGCGCAGCCUCACGCCGGCCACGUACGGGAAGCGCUCGGGCGAGCACGACGACCUCGACCGCGAGGCGAUGCUGCGCAUGAGCCGGCAGGGCGCGCUCGCGGAGCCGGGCCUCCUGCAGCAGCCCUUUGCGGCGGAGCACCAGCAGCCCCGGCUCAGCCACUCGACGGACGGCGGGCACUCGGACCGCCGACCCUCGUCGACGGCCGUGUACGGCACGGCUGAAGCGGUGACGCUGGAGAGGGCCCGGGCCAAGUCGAGGGUGCUGCAGAUGGUGGACUCGAUUGAGAGCCGGGACGGGAGCCCGGAGCGCAACGAGUCGCCGUCUCCCAGGAUAUGA